AUGCUUAUUACAAUUUAGCAAUCCAAUCUACUUAUCCUUCGAUCAAUGCUAGUAUGUUAGACACAACUUCAUUAUCUUACAUUACUGUGACUUUUCUCAAUUCGGUGGAACUUUCCUAUGGCAACAUAUCAAUAUAUCAAUUCGAUCCUGCUACUGAAAAACAAUCACUUCGUCAAUCAACGCCGGCAACUUUAUGUACUCUCAUUGAUAAUAGUACAACUGUGAAAGUAAAUAUUUUACCUUGCACUUUUAGUGUGCCUGGUGCCAAUUAUUAUGUCAUGUUUGAUAAUAAUUUUGUAAAGAAUUAUGCUUAUAAAGAUCCUCUAAAAGGAUUACGUGAUCAUAUAUGGACAUUUAACACUGCACCAAAAGAUGAUAUAUACUCAGGUCUUUUACGCCUGACGGUGAACGGCACAAUGUACUUUGACUCGCUUGAUCAAAAUCUUCGAAACCAGUUCUUUGACAAUUUAACUGCUGAACUUUCCCAAAUGAUCCCGGUUGAAAAAAGUCGAUUAUCAACAAAUAGAAAAUCUCAAAUAGAUCCUUCAAAUAAUAUCGUGAAGCAAGAAUUACUAAAUCUUGAUAUUAAAUCAACAAGAGAUCCUAAACAACCAAGUGUUGUUACAGUUAUUAAAAUUUUAGAUAGUUUGAUCAAGAAUAAAGCUUAUACCCCAAUAAUAACAGGCCAAACUACUCGAUAUUUAGAUCCCACAUACGGAUUUCAAGAAUCGCCUGAUUUAUGGGAAAAGUACAUGUUGAGAUUUAUUCUGGUAUUUUUGGCCGUUUGCGUUCCUAUAAUUCUUUUCCUUAUAGCUCGACGCAUAGAAAAAACGGGACAUAACGUUGUUGUUAUACAAUUGGGCUUCAUUAUUUUUGAUGUAGUAAUAAAUUCUCUCUUUGCCGGUAUUAAUGGUAAAGACGUUAGAUGGCUUUAUAUUCCAAGUGUAGUUUUUCUGACAGUUCCAAUAGGAUUAAACAUCAUAGUAGCUUAUUUAUUAAUAGACCAAGAAAAUCACAAUAAAAAAUUUUUUACAUGGUUUACCAAAUUUGGAAAAAUCACAGCAAUUAUUACAUUAAUUGCAGGUGCAAAUAUUGAAGCACUUACGGUGCUAUUUUCAAAUGUCGCAGGAUUGGCAUUUGCUCGAGCUCCGUUUAGUUUAAAGGCAAAAUCUAAAAUUUUUUGGUGGUCUUGUAUUAAUAUAUUUAUUAAAGAUAUUCCCCAAAUUAUUAUUCAGGUAUUAUAUCAAAAAAACACAGUAAUAUACGAUAUAAUACCUCUUUUAACAUUAAUUACAACCAGUGUGAACUUAGCAAUUAAUGUGAUUAAUAAAUUAUAUCAAGGUAAAAAUCGAUUUAGACAUAAAAAUAGUGAUCACUAUCCAACGCCAGGUCAAUCGAAUGAUGAUAAUAAUAAUGAUAAUGACAAUGAUGAUGAAAUUAUUGAAGAUAAUAAUAUGAACAAUUUAAAUAUAAGUAAUUCAAAUAAUUUGAAUAAUUCAAAUAAUUCGAAUGAUUCGAAUAAUUCGAAUAAUUCGAAUAAUUCAAUUAACUCAAUUAACUCAAUUAAUUCAAUUAAUUCAAGUAAUUCAAUUAAUUCAAAUAAUUCAAUUAAUUCCACACAAAAAGUACCGUCAUCGUUAUACGGAAAUUAUUCAAGAGAUACUGAAAGUAGGUAUAGUAAUUAUAAUGGUGAAAUGAAUGUUGUUGAUACGAGAUAUCAUGUUGAUGAAGCACACGAUGAUGAUAUUAUUGAAGUCAUUGAUGGGUCUUAA